UGUGAAGUUUGUGGCGCGAAGGCAAUGUAGUAUAUUGCAACGCGAUCACGGUGGGUGACGGUGGAGUGUUAUACACGGAGAGCGAGUGUACAGUCGGCGUGAGAGCACGAAUGUUGAUGGUAGGGAAACUUGGCUGAGACGAAGCGCGAGUUCCAGGAAGAGCGUAAUCGCAAUUAGUGGCACGUGUAUAGUCAAAUAUGAUGAAUGACGAGGAAUCGCCAAGUGCUGGCCUCCUAGAGAGACUGGCCCCCAGCGGGGAUCGCAAAAACGCCGUCACCGCUGAUUAUGUCGACGGUCAUAGGCUCCGCGCCGCAACCGAUAGCUUCUCCAGCAUCAACGAGAGACCUGUCGAUGACAUCUCCAUAGAGUUCUUCUAUAAACCGCACACGAUCACCUUACUACUCAUCUCUAUUGGUGCGGUCAUAUACUCGGCCUUUACCAGAAAUACCACCAAUGUGGAGGAAAAUAUGUGGGCGGGUAUGCUGUGUAUUAUGUUUUUCUUCCUCAUCAUAUCCGUCCUAACAUUUCCCAACGGUCCAUUCACUAGGCCUCAUCCGGUAGUGUGGCGAAUAGUGUUCGGUUGCAGUGUGCUGUACUUGAUGGGUCUACUGUUCAUGUUAUUCCAAAACUACGAGACAGUCAAGAGGAUCCUAGUGUGGGUAGAUCCCAGUCUCGCGUCCUUCCAUAUUGACAUGGACAAGGAAUACGGUGUUAAUUGUUCAGACGUUACGCUGGAGAAGAUCUGGAAUCAUCUAGAUGUGUUCGCGGUUGCCCACUUUCUCGGUUGGGCCUUCAAAGCCAUCCUUAUCCGUCACCUUGGCAUCUUGUGGGCCAUUAGUGUUAUGUGGGAAGUAACUGAGAUUGCUUUCGCUCAUUUGCUGCCCAACUUUAUUGAAUGUUGGUGGGACGCGCUUAUUUUGGACGUUCUGGUGUGUAAUGGACUGGGAAUUUGGGUCGGCUUGAAGAUUUGCUCCAUUUUGGAAAUGAGAGAAUAUAGAUGGGUCAGCAUCCGUGAUAUCGAGAGCACCACUGGCAAGUUGAAAAGGGCAAUGCUGCAGUUCACUCCUGGUAGUUGGACGUCGGUUAGGUGGUUAGACCCGACCUGCACUCAUAUGCGACUAGUCGCGUUGUGUCAGUUAGUAAUAUUCUGGCAGGUCUCCGAGCUGAAUACCUUUUUCUUGAAACACGUCUAUGAGUUUCCACCGUCGCACCCAUUUGUCGUGGCUAGACUAGUGUUGAUCGGCGUCAUAGUCGCGCCAUCAGUUAGACAAUAUUAUAUGUACGUGACUGACCCGACGUGCAGUCGAGUAGGAACUCAAUGCUGGGUCUAUGGAGCAAUCAUGGUGACUGAAGCGUUGUUGUGUAUACGUCAUGGUGCGGCUCUAUUUGAACGCACUCAGGCUCUCAACAUUCUCUUGUGGCUUCUCUGUCAGUCAUUAGUGUCAGUUCUCUGCGUAUACGGCUGUGUCUUGUGGCAUCAGUACUUUGAGACGGGAAAGAAAACGACUUUAAAACGGUCUAUAUCCCAUCUGGGUAAGUUUGGCACGGAAGUAACUUGCAAUGUGGAUAUGGCUCGCCGUACGAGAUCUGUGGAAGCACUGGACAAAAAAGAACUCUGAGAGGCAAAGGAAGAAAAGUACCGAAUUGAAGAAGACGAUGAUGAACUAUAUAACUAAUGAAACUUUCUAGUCGAAUAGGACAAUGCGUAUAAGAAUUCAUAGGAUUCCGAGGAGUGACGAUGCGAUGCGUGCGUGCGUGCGUGUGUGAGUGAAUGAACUGAUUACUUGUCACGUACCGUCGUGUGAAUCUCCCUAAAACUGUUGUUACUUCGUUCCUGAGAAUAGUGAAUGUUACCACUUAAACCAGCCUGCGGACGUCCCGAUUUGACUGCUCGAUUACGUACAAAUCGAGCAUUAUCACAUAAUCUGUGUCUUGAAAACGUUCCAAAAGUAAUUAUUUAGCUUAUUGUCAUUUGUAUUGUUAUAAUCCAUAUAUUAACUUAUUAUUUCGUAUGCAUUUGCGACUAAGUUCAUAGGCUCCGUCAGGUUUCCUUUUCCGUUCUUUCUCAAGCGUUAAUAGUGUUUUACAAACGAUGCGCCUGCGAUUACGUGUUUACCGAAGCACUGCUUU